UACUGGGUUACUCCUUGACGGAGAACGUCAUGGCGGUUUUCACGACCUGGAAACCGUACGGGAAAUACGAAAAAAUUCUAAAUAUUCGGUGGUAUUCUGAUCGUUGUAUCUGAUUUAGACAGGAAACUUGGAAAUGUGUGUUUGAACGAUGAUGGAAGGAGGACGCGGAAAAAUAUCUCUCCAAUGCUAUAUUAAUUUUUGACGUUCCCCUCCUCUUGUCUCACACAACUCUCACAAUCACACAGUAAAAAGCGAUAAGGAGACUUGGCGUUCAACGCGAGGGAUAUUUAUAUUUAAGAGGAUAUAAUUAAAAAAAAAAAGAGCAACAAUUAAAGAGACACAGAGUUAAAAGAAGGAAAUAGGAACAACGGAAAUAGAAAAAGACGUGACAAAUAUCUAUAUAAGGAAGAAAGUAACACUGAGAUAUUUCUGUUGAUAAACGUUAUCAGUAUUAAUGGCUCUGGCGUCGCAUUAGAUAGUAACUCAAUAAAUUUGAGAGGUAAACUCGAUCCUCGACCUAUACAAGCGACAUGGCAACUGGCGAUAGUAGACGUGUCGCUCUAAUAACUGGUAUCACUGGGCAGGAUGGCUCUUACCUGGCGGAAUUCUUACUGGAGAAAGGAUACGAUGUGCAUGGCAUCAUCAGGCGGGCCAGUUCGUUCAACACCGCGCGUAUUCAGCAUCUUUACGAGGAUCCCAAGUGCCAUCGGCAGGGUAAAAUGAAGCUGCACUACGGCGACAUGACAGACUCGAGUAGCUUGAUCAAAGUCAUUAGCGCGAUACAGCCGACGGAAAUUUAUAAUCUCGCGGCGCAAAGUCAUGUCAUGGUAAGCUUUGAGGUGAGCGAAUAUACCGCGGAAGUGGACGCGGUUGGAACGGUAAGAUUACUGGACGCGAUACGUACGUGCGGUUUAGAAAAAUCUGUAAAAUUUUAUCACGCAUCGACGUCCGAGCUUUACGGCAAAGUGAUGCAAGUUCCGCAAAAUGAAAAAACACCAUUUUAUCCACGCUCCCCGUAUGCUUGUGCCAAGUUAUACAGCUUCUGGAUUGUCGUAAAUUAUAGAGAAGCGUAUAACAUGUUUGCGUGCAACGGCAUAUUAUUCAAUCACGAAAGCCCGCGAAGAGGAGAGACGUUUGUCACGAGAAAGGUGACGAGAUCCAUAGCGAAAAUACACUUGGGCCUACAGGACGUGCUCGAAUUGGGAAACUUGGAUGCGAAGCGAGAUUGGGGCCAUGCGAAAGAUUACGUACAAGCAAUGUGGUUGAUGCUCCAACAAACGCAGCCGGACGAUUACGUCAUAGCAACGGGGGAAACACACAGCGUGAGAGAAUUUGUAGAAAUGGCAUUCCAAUAUGUAGGUCGUACAAUUAAAUGGCAAGGCGGGGGCAUGAAUGAGACGGGGCAAGACGCACAAACUGGUCAAAUAUUAGUUCGCGUGAAUCCGAAAUACUUUCGUCCAACUGAAGUGGAUGUACUUUUGGGCGAUUCGUCAAAAGCAAGAAACAAAUUCGGAUGGAAACCGACUGUUACGUUUAAGGAACUUGUAAAAGAUAUGAUGGAUUCUGACUUGGAAUUGAUGUCGAAGAAUCCAAACGCUUAAUAACAUUACAUUUGACGUGUGAUAUGACCAAACGCAUCAGUCAUUUUGUUUCCGCAGUAUGAAGCGCAGUAUUUAAAAUUUAUCUACUUUUUGUAAAUAUUAUAUAUAUAUUUCUAAAGUGUCCUCGAAACUCUUGGGAACGAUCAAGCGUUUUAUUAAAUAAUGUAAACUAGAGGCACGAAUAUAUUAUACAGAUCAAGAAAAAGGGAGGAUUGUUGAAAUAUCUAAUAAUCCUAAUGUGAGGCAUCCGAGAACAUGACGAAUAAUUAUCGCUAAUUAUUAGAGAGAAAGAAAAUGUAGGAUGCAACUGCGACGAUUUCAUAUUAAUAAGACAACGAAAAAUGAUCUUUCAUGUCACGAAAGACAUGAACACGAAAAAUCACGUAUAUGCAUGCAAU